AUGGUAGUAAAAGAUAUUUCUGGUAAACCACUUGAAGCUAUGACAGUUUUUUCAAUAGCAAUAAAACAUCUGAAACAUGAAGCAUCAAAGAUAGUUUUAGAUUCAAUACUUGGACUGAAAGAAACUGACAUUCAAUGGAUGAUAACAAUUCCAGCGAUAUCAUCUGACUCAGCACGUCAAUUUAUGAGAGAAGCUUAUACAAAAGCAGGAAUUCCAGAGACACAUCUUCGACUUGUUCUUGAGCCUGAAGCAGCAGCUUUAUACAGUACACCACGAAUAAUGACAGAAGCAAUACCCUUUGGGUUUAGGUACAUACUUGCUGAUUUAGGUGGAGGGACAACAGACAUAUGUGCUCAUAAAAUAAUAGAUGGUGGCAAAAUACAAGAAAUAUACCGAACAACAGGAGAAACCUCUGGUGGCAGUGAUGUUGAUGAUUGUUUUAUUAACAUGAUGAAAACUUUAGUAGGAGAAGAGGUAUGGAGUGAAUUCUCAACUAACCACUCAUCAGCUUGUGUAAGCCUUGUUAAUGAGUUUAGACUGAAGAAGAAAGAGUUUAAAUCACAAACAAAUAAAAUACAAUUGAGAAUGGAAAAUGCUCUGGUGCUUGUCAUAAGAGGGAAAAAAAAGAACUUGAAUGAUAUAGUUACAAAGUCAAAAUAUGCCAGAAAACUUGAGUAUAAUUCUAAGGACGCUAGACUUACAAUCAACAGAGUGAUGCUGGAAGAAUUAUUCAAGCCAUCAGUUGAUAAAAUCAUUAGCAAGUUGGUUGAAGUACUAGACCAAUGUGAUGAAAAUGAAAUGAAAACAAUCAUUUUAGUUGGAGGGUACAGUGAAUCUCCCUAUGUAAGGGAGAGAAUUCAGUCAACAUUCAGUAACAUGAGAGUUAUCCUUGUAGAUGAUGCUAGACUGGCUGUGUUAAAUGGGGCAGUGAUGAUGGGCUGGAAACCUAAAAACAUCAUACAACGUAGGUCCAGGUACACUUAUGGAUUUGUAGUUGAUCAACCAUUCAGAGAGGGAAUAGAUCCAGAAGAACUUAGGAUUAAUGAUGAUGGGGAAAUGUAUUGUGACAUGAUAUUUGCGAAGAUGAUAGAAAAAGGUCAGAUAGUGGAGUAUGGACAGACAUUUAUAUUUGAAGGGUAUGGUAUAGCCACUCAAAUAGAAGAAAAAUGUAAAAAGAGAUAUGUAGAUCUAUAUAGAUCUACCCAUGAAGAUCCUCAUUACUGUAUAGAGGAGGAGGACUGUAGAUUAGUAGGAAAAGUAAAACUUUUACCACCAUCAGAUGGAUGGCCAGAUACGUGGGAAAGCCAUUUUUACAUUAUUGUUGGUGAAACUGAAUUCACUGUGAAGUAUUUGAAUCCUAAUACAGGAGAAGAAUAUGAAGCACAAAUGGAUUUUCUGUAA